AUUCUGUUAGUGACUUAGCUCGGUCUUCAAAAAAGUUAAAACAAAAAGAGUUUGUUUUACAAAGAAAUGGUGAAAUGGUUGAACGCGUAAUUUGUUAACUGAUUAAAAUGUAAUCAAUGCCAUUUUGGGUGAAUAUUAUUAUUAACAUUCACAUUUACGAAAAUAUCCAUUCAUAUCUUAUCGCGGAACAUGCGCGAAGGCUUAAAGUGAAUCAUCGCAACGCAACAAAAAGUACAAAAUACGUUUACAUAGAUACAACAUAAAGAAACUAAGUUUGCAUUUUACUAUAAUUGUAAAAACAAACAUAAACGAGCUUAAAAUGGAUUCGGGCCCUUUGCUAAUUGCCUUGGCCAUAAUAUGCUUUUGCCUCUUCAUUCUGCGUACACUUAUGAUUGCCUAUCGCUUCUUUAUGCUUAGACAACUCAAGGAGGCGGCUCACAUCGAACAAGCUCGUCGACAAAUGGAGAUUAGUAUCGCCAACAAUAAUACAAACACUGGCGGUGGCAAUGGUAGCGUUUCCAUUGAGACUGAAAACGACGUGACCAUCUUGCCCAAGGGAAUGGAUUUACCGCCCAGCUACGAUGAAUUAACAUACAGCACGAACGUGAAGCAAACGGGCAGCCUUGGAGCUUCCACGUUGACUAUAACCACCGAUCUGGGGUGCAGCAACGCAAAUCUGGCAGCUUUUAAUGAGCCGCCUCCCGAUUAUGUUGAGCCUGCGGCAUGUGCCACUACAACGACAACAACAACGACAAUGGUUGUGGUCACCGGUCCAGCUGCGAUGCCCCAAAUCUAAAGAAAUGACAUUCAAGUUGUUUUACUAAAUUAAACUUUAAACAAAUAAACUAUUAACUUAAACAGUAA